AUGUCUAAUAUGGCAGGAUCGAGUACCUCUGAGCUGCGAACUCCAAUUUUCAAUGGAGAAAAUUAUGAGUUCUGGAGUAUCAGAAUGAAAACUAUUCUGAAAUCUCAUGGUUUAUGGGAUCUAGUUGAAAAUGGUCUCAAUGUUUCAGAUCUAAAGAAGGAGAAGGAGAUUGAAGAGACGAAGGUUACUGAGAAGGAGGAGAAGGAGAUAGAAGGUACGAAGGCUACUGAGAAGUCUACGAUGGCUGGAAUAUUGAUGAAGGAUGCUCGUGCACUCGUGAACGAGGAGACCUCAAAGGGUGCUUGGGAUAUUCUGAAGUUGGAAUUCAGAGGAGAUAAACAGAGUUAUGGUGAGGAACUAUCUAGAGAGAGAAUUGUCCAGAAACUAUUGUUUAGUUUGCCUAAAUCUUAUGAUUCUAUCUGCUCUGUAAUUGAACACUCUAAGGACCUUGAAACUCUUGAGGUUCAAGAGGUUGUUGCUUCACUGAAGAGCUUUGAGCUCAGAUUGGAUAGACACACUGAGAAUUCUACAGAAAAGGCCUUCAUUAGUCUGAAUGUUGGUAGGAAAAAACCUUGA